GGGGGCACCGAGUCACCAGGCACAACCGUGGGCUCCGAGUCAACUGGGAUGACCGCUGGCACUGGGUCAGACAUUGGAUCGUCUGGCUGGACAGCGGGCACUGGGUCACCAGCCAUCAGGUCAUUUGGCUCGACAGCGGGCACCGCGUCAUCUGGCAAGGCAGUGGGCUCCGAGUCAACUGGUAUGACCGCGGGCACUGGGUCAGACAUUGGAUCGUCUGACUGGACAGCGGGCAUCGGGUCACCAGGCAUCAGGUCAUUUGGCUCGACAGCGGGGCACCGCGUCAUCUGGCAAGGCAGUGGGCUCCGAGUCAACAGGCACGACAGUGAGCACCGGUCAUCAGGUACCGGAUUGUCUGGCUCGACAGCGGGCAUCGGGUCACCAGGCAUCAGGUCAUUUGGGCUCGACAGCGGGCACCGGAUCAGGUACCGGAUCAUCUGGAUCAACAGCGGGCAUCGAGUCAACUGGCCUAAUAGGAUCGUCAGGCUGGAUCAGUUCAUCAUGCUGGGUAGAGGCAUCAGGCUGAAUGCCGGCGUCCGGCUGAGUAGAGGCUUCAGGCCGAGUAGGCUUCAGGCCGAGUAGAGGCUUCAGGCCGAGUAGAGGCUUCAGGCCGAGUAGAGGCAU